GAUGGCGGGACCCGGGGGGAAUGCCGAGGAGGGAGGCGGCAACCUGGGCCGGGAAAAGCAAGGAAGGAAGAGGGAGCCUGGGCCAAGAAGGCCAGGGAGGAAGGCGAGAGUCUGGGCCCUACAGAGAGCGAGGAGGGAAGCGAGAACCUAAGCAGAAGAAGGAACCAGGAGCCAGGGCCGGGAAAUGCCGAGGAAGAAAUAGGGAGCCCGGCCCGGGGAGCGCCCUAGAGGCAACCGGUAGUCCAAGCUGGACAGCGCCGAAGAGAGAACUGGAAGCCUGUGGCGGGUUGCGAGUCGAUUUAUGUUUGAUACUGCAUGCGACUUUGGAGAGACGACAGUAAGGGGUUUGUGAGUAAAAUUUUGCUACUUUGUGUAGAGGUGGGUAGUCUCUAGCUGGAAUGGAUUGGGAGCUGGAAAACAGGAGACAAGUCAGGGACAAGAAGAGGCUAACAUGAUUGGUACCAUUAUAAUUUAGUGUAAGUCAUGUCUUAACGUUCUGAGAGAACCCACUGCUGGGAACUUCCAGACACACUUCCCUUCUCAUGGGUACAGCCACUUCUCCAGCUGUCUCCUCAGUGUUUCCUCUGGGCAUGCAGUAGUCCACCUGCUCUGGUCCACCUGCUCUGGUGGGUCUUGUCUCUCCAGUGAGUCCUCUUGGACAAGAGGAUCCAAGCCAACCCAGGCAGGCUCCAUCCAUGGGUUGCCCAUCUAGAGCUCAGGAACUGCCUCUUUUCCAAAGAGGAACCCAAAGGAAGACUGGUCACCUCUUGCAUAUCUCAAAACCAUGGCACAGGCAUCAGUGUCAUUCAAAGAUGUAACUGUGGACUUCACUCAGGAGGAGUGGCAACACCUGGAUCCUGCUCAGAAGACUCUCUACAUGGAUGUGAUGUUGGAAAACUAUUGCCAUCUCAUCUCUGUGGGGUGUCACAUGACCAAACCUGAUGUGAUCCUCAAGUUAGAACGAGGAGAAGAGCCAUGGACAUCAUUUACAGGUCAUACCUGCCUAGAAGAAAAUUGGAAAGAGGAAGACUUUUUAGUGAAAUUCAAGGAACACCAAGAUAAGUUUUCUAGAUCAGUUGUAUUCAUCAAUCACAAAAAACUGAUUAAGGAGAACAGUAAUGCAUAUGAAAAGACAUUUACUUUAAGCAAAAAUCUUAUUCAUUCAAAAAAUCUACCUCCUGAAUAUGACACCCAUGGAAAGAUUUUUAAAAAUGUUUCAGAAUUAAUCAUCAGUAAUCUAAGUCCUGCAAGAAAACGACUUGGUGAGUAUAAUGGAUAUGGGAAAUCACUUCUCAAUACUAAAGCAGAGACAGCUCAAUCUGGAGUCAAAUCCCAUAAUCACCAUGGCAGGGCUGUCGGUCAUAAUGAAGUACUUAUGCAAUAUCAUAAAGUGGAAACUCCAGCACAGUCAUUUGUAUAUAAUGACUGUGAGAAAGCCUUCCUUAAAAAGGGAGGCUUAAUGACACAUAGUAGAGUUUACAGAAGGGAAAACCCAUCUGAAUAUAAUAAAAGGAGAAGAGCGACCAAUAUUGAAAAGAAACAUACAUGCACUGAAUGUGGGAAGUCCUUCUGUAGGAAGUCAGUACUGAUUCUUCAUCAGGGAAUUCACACAGAGGAAAAGCCCUAUCAGUGUCAUCAAUGCGGAAAUUCAUUUAGAAGGAAGUCCUAUCUCAUUGACCAUCAGAGAACUCACACAGGAGAGAAACCCUUUGUUUGUAAUGAAUGUGGUAAGUCCUUCCGCCUAAAGACCGCCCUCACUGAUCAUCAGAGAACACAUACAGGGGAGAAAUCAUAUGAAUGUCCACAGUGUAGGAAUGCCUUCAGACUGAAAUCACAUCUCAUUCGGCAUCAGAGAACUCAUACAGGAGAGAAACCAUACGAGUGUAAUGACUGUGGGAAGUCCUUCCGCCAGAAAACCACACUCUCUCUACAUCAGAGAAUUCAUACAGGAGAAAAACCCUAUAUUUGUAAAGAAUGUGGGAAGUCCUUUCACCAGAAGGCAAACCUUACUGUACACCAAAGGACUCAUACAGGGGAAAAACCCUAUAUUUGUAAUGAAUGUGGAAAAUCUUUCUCUCAAAAGACAACCCUUGCUCUUCAUGAGAAAACUCAUAAUGAGGAGAAACCCUACAUUUGUAAUGAAUGUGGGAAGUCCUUCCGCCAGAAGACAACCCUUGUGGCACAUCAGAGAACACAUACAGGGGAAAAAUCCUAUGAAUGUCCUCAUUGUGGGAAGGCCUUUAGAAUGAAGUCAUACCUCAUUGAUCAUCACAGAACUCACACAGGAGAGAAACCAUAUGAAUGUAAUGAAUGUGGGAAAUCCUUCAGUCAGAAGACAAAUCUGAAUCUACACCAGAGAAUUCACACAGGGGAAAAACCCUAUAUUUGUAAUGAAUGUGGGAAGUCCUUUCGCCAGAAAGCAACUCUCACUGUACAUCAGAAAAUACAUACAGGACAGAAAUCCUAUGAAUGCCCUCAGUGUGGGAAAGCUUUUAGCAGGAAGUCGUAUCUCAUUCAUCAUCAAAGAACUCAUACAGGAGAGAAACCAUAUAAAUGUAAUGAAUGUGGGAAGUGCUUCCGCCAGAAGACAAAUCUCAUUGUACAUCAAAGAACUCACACAGGGGAGAAACCCUAUAUUUGUAAUGAGUGCGGUAAAUCCUUCAGUUAUAAGAGAAACCUCAUUGUCCAUCAGAGAACUCACAAGGGAGAAAACAUAGAAAUGCAAUAAAUGAUGUGACUUCUUUGUAAAGCCUUUCCAAGUUAUUGUAAAACUUUAGUUUAAAAAAAAAAGCAUGCUAAAACAUUUUAAUAAGUAAUUUUAAUCACAAAUGUAAUAGUUAACUUAAAGUACCAAUUACAUAACUACUGUUUACUAGCAUAUAUAACAGAUAUGAUCAUUGUUAUUGAACUCUAUCAGAAAUGAAGCUAAUUUUUAAGUUUUCAAGUUCUGCUGAUUCCAUUUAUUUUUUUAAAAAGUACUUAACAUAAUACAUGCAGACACAAGAUACAAAAUGGUAUAACAUCAGUCUCUGUAAAAGAAAAUAUGAAAUAUAUUUCUUCUUAUGCUUUGGAAUAAAGAAUAGUUGUUACUUCCCCAAAUUCACCAUGUACCUGACUUGUAAUGUCUUUGCAUGUCUUUAAACUUUAUGUAUGUUUUAUCAUGUAUCAUGAAUUCUUUUGUGUCUUGUUUCACUCAACAUUUUUAAGAUUCAUACAUUAUUGCAUAUGGCAGUAAUGUGUUCAUUUUCAUUGUUUACUCUUCCAUUUUAAAAAUAUACCACUAUUUAUCCUCUGGAUGGAUUUUUAUAUUUUUUAUAAUUUUGUGCUAUAAUAAAAAUACUGCUGUAAAUGCUAUAAA